AUGUUUGGGUCCACAAACAGUUUCGGGCUGGAAAGGCAAACUUGGAGUGGGAGUGGGAUGGAUAAAACAUUAGCACGGAGAAAGAUGAUAAUCAAUGUGAAGGAGUCAACCAUGGUGCAGCCGGCGGAGGAGACGCCCCACGGGGGGCUGUGGAAUUCUAAUGUGGACUUGGUGGUACCAAGGUUCCACACGCCAAGUGUCUAUUUUUAUAGGCCCACAGGUGCACCAAACUUCUUUGAUGCGAAAGUGCUCAAAGAGGCUUUGAGUAAGGCCCUUGUGCCGUUCUACCCUAUGGCAGGGCGGUUACGAAGAGAUGAGGAUGGUCGCAUUGAGAUUGAUUGCAAUGCUGAGGGAGUGUUGUUUGUUGAGGCUGAGACCACGUCGGUCAUAGAUGAUUUUGGCGAUUUUGCACCCACUUUGGAGCUCAAGCAGCUUAUACCAACUGUGGAUUACUCUGGCGGGAUAUCAACUUAUGCUCUUUUGGUUUUGCAGGUGACCUAUUUCAAAUGUGGAGGAGUUUCACUCGGAGUUGGUAUGCAACACCAUGCAGCUGAUGGGUUUUCUGGUCUUCACUUUGUGAAUACAUGGUCAGAUAUGGCUCGUGGUCUUGACCUUACAAUUCCACCCUUCAUUGACAGGACCCUCCUCCGUGCCAGAGACCCACCUCAACCUGCAUUCCACCAUGUUGAGUACCAGCCUCCACCAGCCAUGAAAACCAUUCUUGAAGCCUCAAAACCAGAGACCAUGGCAGUCUCCAUUUUUAAGUUGACUAGGGCCCAGCUCAACACCCUCAAAGCCAAAGCAAAGGAAGAUGGAAACGAAAUUAGUUAUAGUUCAUACGAGAUGUUGGCGGGUCAUGUUUGGAGAUCAACAUGCAAGGCACGCGGACUUCCCGAUGAUCAAGAAACCAAGUUAUAUAUUGCGACAGACGGUCGGUCAAGAUUGCACCCUCCACUCCCACCUGGUUACUUUGGCAAUGUGAUCUUUACAACAACACCAAUUGCAGUAGCAGGUGAAAUGCAAUCAAAGCCAACAUGGUAUGCUGCAGGGAAAAUUCAUGAUGCGUUGGCUCGCAUGGACAAUGAUUAUUUAAGGUCGGCCCUGGAUUACCUAGAGCUUCAGCCUGAUUUAUCAGCCCUUGUUCGUGGUGCCCACACUUUCCGAUGCCCAAAUCUUGGGAUUACUAGCUGGGUUAGACUGCCAAUCCAUGAUGCAGACUUUGGUUGGGGCAGGCCCAUAUUUAUGGGGCCCGGUGGUAUCGCAUACGAGGGCUUGUCGUUCAUCUUACCCAGCCCAACAAAUGAUGGGAGCAUGUCAAUAGCCAUAUCCUUGCAAGCUGAACAUAUGAAACUAUUUGAGAAGUUCAUCUAUGAUAUUUAA